AUGUUGAUCUCCCAUUGUUCUGAUAAAAAUUUGCAUAAAUGUGUUGUUGGCUUUUCAACACUCUUUGCCUGUUUUUUUGUGGCCAAAAUAUUUGUAGAUAAUAAAGGUAUCACUCUUUCCAGGCCAUUUAGUUUUAGAAAACAAAAUACUACUGUUCAAAUACCUAAUAAUACUAAGCUCACUAAGCUUCAUAUGAUAACCAAAAUACACUAUUCAUAUUUUAAAUAUGAUAUCCACACAACAAACUGCAGAAUUCGAUAUCUUGAUCCAAACGAUAAAAGCAUAUGGGACUUCAUUAACAAGACAAUGAUACCCUUAAUAUGUUCAAAGAUCCCUGCUCUUACAACCAUUCGAAAUGGUAUCCUGACAGUCAAUUACAAUAUCCUUAAUAAAUAUUACAAGAAGGUAAAUUUGGACUUCUGCAAUUAUCAGGUUAUAUUAAGAAAUUAUAACGAAAGUAAUCCAGACGAUAACACCAAAUUAUCUGUGGACAAAAUAUUUUUUAUAAAUUAUACUCUUGUAAAGGAUGAUUUUGUGUUAGUUAAAUGCUACAACAAGAGUGGAGUCUUCUAUAGCAAUACACAUGCUAACGGUGCUAUAGACAUAGUUUCUUACCUCAAAUAUGGACCCCAACAUCUAUCAAGGUUUGAUCCUAUGAACUAUAGUGUAUUUUCAACCUCUGUUACUAGCAAUAAAAGUAACCAAAUUAAAGUUAGUAUUAGACCAAAUGUUAUUAACAACACAAUUAGAUUUUUUAAACAUUCGCCAAUUGAGAAUCGAAUAAUGAGCCUUCUGAUGAUUGGUAUAGAUUCAACUUCUAGAUUAAAUUUUAUUCGUGGACUAUCCAAUACGCGUCGGUAUUUAAUGUCGCAAAGGAACGAGAGCUUCACGUUCAAGGGGUAUAUUAAAGUGGGAGAUAACACUUUUCCAAAUUUGGUGGCAUUGUUGACUGGUAAAUUUAUGGAGGAAUAUCCAGAAAAUUUUGGUGAAGCGGAUUUCUUCGAUAAUUACAGUUUUGUGUGGAAGGCGUUUAAAAAAAGUAAAAUUGCUUAUACAACCGCUUAUAUAGAGGAUAGUCCUAAUAUGGCUACCUUUAAUUAUGUCAAAAAAGGAUUUUACGAUCCUCCUACCGAUUUUUAUUAUCGUCCCUAUUCACUAGAAUCAAAUAAAUUAUUUAAAAAAAGAGAUAAUUGCAUACGGGAUAAACACGAAGUACUAGCCUUACUAGAAUAUUCCAGGGAUUUGAUGAUCUCUUUUAAGUCUUGGCCUUAUUUUUGCCUCACCUACACUACCAGGCUGACUCAUGAUGAUUUGAAUGGCAUUAAAUAUGUUGAUGAAAUGUUGGUUAACUAUUUUACAGAUUUAUUUAAGGCUAACGCUCUUGAAAACACUCUCAUCAUUAUCUUCGGAGAUCAUGGCAUGAGAUUCGGUGGAUUCCGUGAAACCUAUAUAGGUAUGAUGGAAGAACGUCUGCCACUACUCUUUGUAUUGCCCCCAGCUUGGUUCCUGUCCAAAUACCCUUCAAUUCGUUCUAACAUGAAUAUUAAUAUUGGACGUAUUUUAACACCUGUGGACGUUCAUAAAACACUUUUACAUCUGAUUAAAUUAAACGAACAUAAAGCAUAUACUGAUUUAAAUCGUAAAGUUCGUGGUUAUAGUUUUUUCGAAGAAAUUCCAUUUAACAGAAGCUGUGAAUCGGCAGAAAUCCCACUUCAUUAUUGCCCUUGCAAUUUGAUAGGAGGUAAUUUACCCGAUUCAAAAGAGGGUGAGGAAUUAAAAUUUGGAGCUCGGCUUAUCGUGACCAAAAUUAACGACGUAUUAGAACCAUUUCAUAACGUAUGCAUGAUUUUAAAAUUGAGCCACAUAACGGUUGCUAGGAUAUUUAAUAUAGACAGCCAGGAUAAUAGUUCUAAUUAUAUUGCCGGUUUCCAUGGUAAUAGUCAUGAUGCAAUUCGCUUAUCAAAUGUUCGUUUGUUGUUAACUGUAGAAGUUGAACCAAGUAAGGCGUUGUUUGAAGCCUCUCUAAGGUUUAACUCUAUAACGCAAUUGUACGAUAAGAUCAUAGGGGACGUUUCACGAAUAAACAAGUAUGGUAAUCAAUCAUCGUGCAUAAAAGAUCCGAUUAUGAAAAAAUUUUGUUAUUGUAAAUUCAAUUCAACCAUUGACACCUUGCUCUAA